CAGGCACUCACCGAAGCCAUUGCGUCAUCGCCCCGUGUGCCCCACCGCCCACCGAGGAUUGUAAAUCGCUGAACCCCUCCAAGCUCGGCCUCGGAACAAACCCCAAGAGCCUCAUAACACCUAUCGUGAACAGUUACCUUCAAAUCCAAAUCAGACCUCAAUCUCCAAUUGACCAAAAAUGUCACCUCUCAAAGUCGGCGACACUUUGCCGGAGGGAGUCAAGUUUGAGUGGGCUCCGAUCACCGACUCUGAUCCAACUGCCUGUGGAAGGCCGCAAGAGUAUGAUGCGAGCAAAGAGUGGAAGGGCAAAAAGGUUGUCCUCUUCAGCGUCCCAGGUGCUUUCACCCCUGGCUGUCAAGCUCGUCACCUUCCACCGUACAUCGAGAAACUCAGCCAGUUCAAGAGCAAGGGUGUUGACAUUGUAGCCGUCAUUGCUUCCAACGACUCGUGGGUCAUGAAUGCGUGGGGUAAGGUGAAUGGCGUGAAGGGUGAUGAGAUUCUGUUCCUUAGCGACACCAAGACUUUUUUCUCCAAGGACUACGGGUGGGCAGCCGGCAUGGGAGAUCGGAAUGGCCGCUGGGCUAUGGUCUUCGACAGCGGCAAGGUCAUCUACGCUGAGAAUGAGAAGAGCCCAGGCGAGGUUUCUGUCUCUGGUUAUCUCACGAGUCAGCCGCCCCACAGAUGAUUUUGCACUAAUACUAUUUUAGAUUAGACAAAACUUCUAAAACUUCUAAGCUAAUUAAAACUUCUAGGGUCUUCUAGGCUAAUUAGAGGCUAAUUACUAACAACGUAUAAAAUUAUCUACAGAGCGUCUAAGAAG